AUGACACAAGAGAGUUGCCAGUACCUAGGCAAACUCCCACCUAAGCUUCAAGACCCAGGAAGCUUCACCAUUCCUUGCAUUAUAGGAAACACGUACCAAGGGAAAGCCUUGUGUGAUUUAGGGGCCAGCAUCAAUCUCAUGCCCCUAUCUGUCUUCAAACAAUUAUCCACUGGACCAGCUAAACCCACCACGGUGACUUUACAAAUGAAAGACAGAUCCAUCGUCAAGCCAGAAGGGAAGAUUAAAGAUCUGCUAGUCAAAGUAGACAAAUUUAUCUUACUCGCUGACUUCAUUGUUCUGGAUUAUGAAGCUGACGCUGACGUUCCCAUCAUUCUGGGUAGACCGUUCCUAGCAACUGGAGGAGCAGUUAUCAAUGUACAAAAAGGGGAACUAACCAUGAGAGUUCAUGACGAUGAGAUCAAGUUCAAUAUUGUCAAAGCAAUAAAAUUCCAGGAUGAAGGAGAAGACUUGGAAGAAUGUUCUGCUCUUACUUUGUUAGACAAUCAGCUUAGCAGAAAAACAGAGGAAGAAGAAUACGAGGAAGAAGAAGAAGAUCCACAACAGGAGGAGCAGAGUCACUAUCUGCAAGAAAGAAGUCCUGAACCGUUGAUAAGAACUGAAGAGGAGAAACAGCUCAAAAGACCUUAUGCGGAAAAACCUCCUGAUUUAGAACUGAAGCCCCUUCCCCAACACUUGAAGUAUGCAUAUCUGGGGAACAACAACACCCUUCCUGUGAUCAUUUCUUCAUUUUUCACCAAGGAACAAGAAAAACGGUUGCUUGACAAGCUCAAAAAGUAUCAAGGAGCCAUCGGUUGGACCAUAGCUGAUUUCAAAGGUAUCAGUCCCUCAUUCUGUAUGCAUAAAAUAUUAUUGACUGAUCCUAACAGUUUUUCAGUGGAACACCAAAGAAGAUUGAACCCCUAA